GACUAUUUCAAAAACCGUAUGAACAGCUAGUUAACUAUGCAGAAAUCGUGUUGUGUUUGGGGCUGUAAUGCCAAAUGUAAUCAGCCACACAAUGGAUUCUGGAUUUAUAAAUAGACCCGAUGGAACCUUUGGAGGGCGGCACGGAUGGUGCAGUGGGUAGCACUGUCGCCUCAAGGAGGUCCUGGGUUCGAAUCCCCGUUGGCUGGGGCCUCCCCCCAUAGGUAUGAGUGUGUGCCCUGCGAUGGACUGCUACCUGGUGGCGACCUCUGAUUGUUUUGCUUAUGUCCUUCACGAACGUUGUUAGCAGGUAACAUUAGCAAAUAAACAGCAGACGGCCGUUUCGAGAAUCAGACCUUGCCUGUUGGUGGUAACGUUACAGUUAGGGUUUUCAAUAACGGUAGCGAGCUAGUUUGCACUGGUUCUUCGUGUUAAUGAUGCUAGCGAUAUAAUAUGUUUCAAUCAUAUAAAUGAAACUAUUUCGUUCAUUUUUCAAAAAGUUUUUUUAUUUUCCAAUAUUGACUUUACGUGUUCGUACCUUGGUUAAAUGACACGGAAAACACUGCCUGCUAUUCACAUUCCUGAACGUCAGUUGGCAGCAGAGCCGCAGAGUCCUUAUCCACUUCGAAGUAAGGUCUUGGCGGUUUUGACGUCACGCUAAUUUGUCGUAUAGCAGAGAUGACCUUAUGAAAUGUAACGUGUGGACUGGUUGAUAACGUGUCAGUCGAUUUAAAAAUAAGUAAUAAUGCUAAGAAAAUGAAACACGCACAAUGUCCACAGUGUUUUCACCCAUAGACAGUCAUUUUUUGAGGGAAGAUGUGGGUCUUCGGGUAUGGAUCUCUGAUUUGGAAGGUGGAUUUCCCUUUUGAGGAGAAGCGUGCAGGGUAUAUCCGGGGCUUCAGUCGCAGAUUUUGGCAAGGAAGUACUGACCAUCGAGGCGUACCAGGGAAGCCCGGUCGAGUGGUGACGCUUGUCGAAGACCCGGAGGGCUGUGUGUGGGGCAUCGCCUACAAGCUGCCCACGGGCAAGGAGCAGGAGGUGAAGGACUACCUGGACAACCGGGAGAAGGGUGGGUACAGGGUGAUCACUGUGACCUUUCACCCCAAGGAGCCACACAUGGAGCCCCAGGACACGCUGUUGUACAUUGGGUCAUGUGACAACCCAGAAUACUUGGGCCCAGCCCCCUUGGAGCUCAUUGCGAGGCAGAUCCUUAAUUCGGCAGGGCCUAGUGGCCGGAACACGGAGUACCUGUUUGAGCUUGCCAGUGCUAUACGCCACCUGCUACCUGAGGACCCAGACGAGCACAUUUUUGCCCUGGAACGUCUAGUGAGGGAGCUGCUGCAGGAUGAGUGAACGAGGAGGAGCGCGGUUGGGGGGGUCGGGG